AUAUAUCAUCUUUUGUUGAUGAUGAUGUUAAUGCUCGAGCUAAAGAUACCAUUCCAUUAAUACCACCAAGUUUAGCAUUAAAUUUUUGUACAAGCGUAUUACAUGGUGUUGAUGGAGAACAAGAAAAAUCAUGGUUGGAUAUCAAUGGAAAUUAUCUUCAUUUUCAACUUCUUAUUGAUGUUCUUAUACGAAUGAAAUCAUCAUUAAAUGAUAAAGAUGAAUUUAUAGAAUUAUGUAAAAACGAAUAUCAUGGUAAUUCUCUUCAAUAUAAUAUUCUUCACGAAUUUGAAAAUACUUACUGUUCGGAUAUGGCCAUCUGGUGGUAUACAAGAGAAUCUUUUCUCUAUCGUAUUCUCAACAAAGCUUUUCGUAUUCAAAAUAUUGAUCUUUUGUUUCUUUUACGAUUCUUCAUUCGAGAUAUUCAUCGAGCAUUGACGCAAUUAAAAGAAAACCAAAUCGCAUAUCCGAUUCGAGUUUAUCGUGGUCAACUACUGGCAAAUGAUGAACUUGCUACUCUUGUCGGUUCUGUUGGUAAAAUAAUCUCAAUAAAUUCAUUCUUUUCAACUAGUCUUAAUCGAGAUUAUGUCGUAUUUAUUUUGGGUGAUGCAGAUCCAAAUGAGAAUAGUUUAAAGCGAGUUCUAUUUGAAAUCGAUGCCGGUUCUGAUAUACAGAAUAGUAAACCAUUCGCUGAAAUUAGCGAGAGAAGUUUUUUCAAUGACGAACAAGAAGUACUUUUCAUGGCUGGAAGUAUUUUUCGUCUUACUGAAGUUGAAGAAAUAGAUGGACUAUGGAUUAUUCGAUUAGUUCUUUGCAAGGAAGAAGAAAAUGAUCUUAUGAAACUUUAUGACCAUAUGACAAAAAAGAAAGAAUCAACCAUCAAUCUACUUUCAUUAGGUACUGCUCUAUCAAUAUCAGGCAAAUUCGACCAAGCUGAACGUUUUUUUUGA